AUGAGGUUAAAGGAGUUGCAGCACUUCAAGGAUACUGAGCGUGCGCGGCGGCAGCAAGAGUACAAUGCCAUCAGAACCAAUGUCAAUCCUACGACGUAUGAUGAUCGGCUUGACGCGUACCACAGCCACGUCUGUGAGGGCACUGGGAAAUGGCUGCUGGAAGACAGCAUCUUCAAAAGGUGGCUAGACCAGGCAGAUCAGACAACACGGGUGCUCUGGAUACAGGGCAUUCCAGGGGCCGGAAAAACGUUUCUUGCAGGCGCCGCAGUAGAUGAGGCAAGAGUCCACGGUCACACUGCAUUCGCCUUUCUGAGGCACGACUCCAGUAGCGGCACACGGGCUCUCAUCGUUCUAAACUCACUCAUCUUCCAACUGGCCGGGCAGCAGGAGGAUCUCCAGGCUGCGGUGAUUAACCUGCCCCUGGGCCAUAUCAAGAGUGAUCUCAAAGCGGGGGAAGCCCUACUAAAAGGCCUCUUGGACUGUGCCGGUAGUACCUAUCUUGUCAUCGAUAGUAUUGAUGAAAUAGAUGAAGUCGAACGCGGACAUUUGCUGAUGACGAUGUGUAAUCUGGCACAGCAAUGCCCAGACAUGCGCAUACUCCUAAGUAGCAGAAAGGAGGCUGACAUACAAGGUAUACUGGAUCCUGUAUCAACGACUAUUCGCGUGGAUGAAAGGAACAAAGAAAGUAUCAAGGCAUUUGUUGAUGCUCGGCGGACACAACUAUUCAAUAGCAGCCAAUUCCCCGACACGGACAGGGAUGAAAUCACCAGCGCAUUUUCCCACAUCCCAUCGAAAGCAAAGGGGAUGUUUCUCUACGCCAGUCUUGUCCUAAAGGACAUCGAGCUCAUGGACGAUAUUGGGGAAAUUCGUGAGUACCUGAAAGUAUUACCAGAAGACUUAGAUGGCGUGUAUGCGCGAGUGCUGGCGAGGAUUGAGAAACUCCGUCCACAUAUUCGCGACAAAGCUAGGGCAGUCCUUGGCUGGGUAGGCUGUGCGCCGACGCCCUUGACGAUCGAAGAAAUCCAGCAUGUCCUCUCAAUCCAUCCAGGGGAUCUCGAGCCUAGUAAGCCGGUAUCAGCAAAGCCCAACCUGAAUCACCUCUGCGGGCCGAUUGUUGAGAUUGUAGAUGACCGUGUAGAGUUUGUGCACUUUACCGUGAAAGAAUACCUAUUUAGUGAUAAGAUAAAGGGGAACAUCACCGAGUUCGACGCCACUUCGGACCUUGCUAUGCGCUGCAUGACGUUGCUGUCGCAGGUACACUAUGAUGCUGAUACUCUCGAGGAUGGCGACACUUUUACAAACCUGAUGCUUGAUGGAUAUUAUAAUCUUCAUUGGUUCGCAUGUGGCCAAUGGUUCGCCCUCGUGAAGAAAUAUCUAGAGCAAGUGCAGGAGAAAGGAAUUCAACCGACGAAGACCUUUGAAGACUCUGUCGAGAUUUUGAUAUCUAACCGAGCGAACAGUGCAUUUGAACCAGCAAGCGGUAGUGCCAUCAGCUCAAUAUACCCAGAUGCCUUUAGUGGCGAAUCUCAAGAACUAUCAGAGUUCCUCGGUCAUAUAGCCCAGUUUGCCGACAAAUGUUCCCAGAAUUCGUACCAUAUCAACAGGGACAAAUCCUGGCAUAUACACGAUCCUUUAACAACAUUCAAGACAUCCCUUGCACUCUACGAUAAAAUUGAAGCAUUGAUGUGUCGAUCCAGCGCCCAUCGACCCGGAUGCCUCUGUGAUCUCAUCAUGGAGAAUAUGGGUAAACGUCCAUUUAAAUGCGGAUUUUUGAACUGUUCCUUGCAGCGACAGGGUUUCGACUCGAACAAACAGCGUGAUGCACACGAGAAACAGCAUAGUCGCGCGUGGAAAUGUAGUACGCCUGGAUGCGAGUAUGAGAAGACUGGCUUCCUGUCAGAGCGCAUGAGGGACGAACACCUUAAAAACGCCCACAGACCCGAGACACAACAUACCAAUGCCUUCGACGUCAGUUCUAGAGAUGCUGAUGAGAAUAUAUUGGUAGACCUGAUCCGGGCAGGUGAACUUGAAAUGAUUCAGCAUAUCGUCAGGGAAAAAAAGCCGUUAAUACGCGACAACAUCUGGUCGGCAGUUGGUAGAUUUGGGGAUCCUGCUUUGGCAAGGUUCUUCUUGGAUUGGGGGAACUCUCACAUCUGUGAAAUUCUUGCUGCAGCAAUAUCCGCUGGAAACAUCGAUCUUAUCGAACAUCUACUGGGAGACAUUUCGCGGGCGCCUUCAUUGUUAGGACACUAUGACUGGAGGAAUGCGGACGUAAUGGCUGCCUUCAUUAAGAGUGAUACCGCCCAAAUGCAUGCAUUAUGCCAGCGGCAUGUCCGGGGCUUUGCACAUUGUAAUGUCAAGUUGAGAUACCGGGUAGCAUUGCGCUGCUUUGCGAGAAAGGUCAUUGCCACAACUGGCCGAAUCCAGGAUAAGGAGAGCUUUCUCUUAUCAAUAUGGGGUUUCAUCGUCAAAAAUGAAUGGAUGAAGCCAAAAAGUCUGUCAGCCGCCUUGGGCGCAGUUGCGAGCACUACAUGCUCCAUACAACUUGGCAAGGAACUUCUAAAAUACGGGGCUAACAUUGAAGGGGCCACUCAUGUGGUUUCCCCAUUACAGAUGGCUGCGCGCAAAUCGUCGGCGGAAAACGCUGAAUUUAUGAAAUUCUUGCUCCUCUCCGGCGCCAACCCAUACGCAACUUCGGGCGGGAAACGUCGGACUCAUAAAAAGAUCUCAGAGGAGAAGGGAGCACAAGAAAUAUCUCAGUGGCUUGGGGUAUCAUGGGAUGAGCUGGUCUCCCAGACUCAGCUUAAUAGAAAGGCAUCAGGCUCGUGA